AUAGCUUCCUCCAUAAGCCUUCACUUUCUUUUCUUGGCGAGUCAAGGAACAAAGCUGUCCAAGAUCAAGCUCCCUUUAAGUUUUGGUGUCCCUCCCAAUCACCCUCAUCUUUUUGGCAAGCACCAAAAACGCACAACCACAAUCUCACACUCCAAUAUCCAACAUCACCCCAGGUGCAUGCUACGGUCUUCGGUGGAAAGGUGACACAACAACAAUAAUACCAUAAUACCACCAACCAAAGAAGUCGACGGCCCCUACCACAACCCGCUUUUCCACUACUGAGUACAGUUUCAAAGCCGACGAUGAAGAAAGGCAGCAGCGACAAAAGCAUCUCCUCUAAAAAAUGUGUUGGCAUAGCGACUGAUGAAUCGCAGUGGGAGCAGUCCUCGACCGAAAAUUUUGGUGAUGGUCAAGACGAUGUGGCAAAUGAACCUUUUCUUCGAGAUGUUCUAACCAAGCGACCAGAACUGGAAGCGGCACAAUACGCAGCAGAAUCUCGUCGACAGUCAGAGAAACUACCGCUACCAACACCCCGACCAUCUCGCGCUUCCAGCGACUUUUCUACCGGUAGCCGACAUGGGGCCAAUGUAGCCAGAAGACGCCAACCAGUGGCAAACUCUAUAACCAUUGAGAGUUCUACCAACCGAGAAAUUCUCAAGACUGUACAAGGAAGAGCCACUUUGCCACAAGCGGACUUGCAAGAAGCAGCACGAACUGUUCACAGUGGCAGCAGCACCACAGAUCCCCGCCGACGCACACCACAGCGCCAGGAGCCACCUGGUCCGGGGGCAUACAUGGGUGCUCCUGGCGAGUUAAUGCGACGAACAUCGAGUGUCGACUAUAGCGUUCUCGCUGCUGUAGCCAGCGGCAGUGAAGCCACUCUGGAUUUGGAAGUGGGGGCACAGCCUCCAGUCGAGUCCAUUCCACAAGAAAUUGAUGUCGACGACGUAAUUGUUGCCAUUCAAAGCAACGCUGAACUAUCCAGUGCCAUGCUGCACAGAAGUGCGGAACUAGUAACCAGUGCACAUCUCAGUAAUGAUGCCCUAGUGGUUGCCAACCCAGUUGCGGAAGAGAGCCCCGCUGAAUUGCCGAAAGCCACCCAAUAUGACUUGGAAGAACUGGAUGGGGCAAGACAGAAGCGCCAACGAAAGACUUCACUGUUCUUGAUUGUUGGCUUCUUGAUUGCCGUUGGCAUUCUUCUUGCUGUUGUUUUCCUUGUUGUACUCAAUGCAAAUGAGAAGGUUACUAAUAUGGAAAGUAAUGCAACCCAGACUACCUCACUGCCAACGGAAGCACCAUCCCUGUCUUCGGAAGAUGAAGUACUACAGUUGCUACCUCCUGACACACAGAGAGCCAUUCUCAACAUUCCAGACUCGCCGCAGGCAAGGGCGUACUCUUGGGUGCUCGAUGAUCCCAAGCUGACAAACUAUUCCUCAUGGCGAGUUCUUCAGAGAUUUGUGUUGGCGACUCUGUAUUGGGCUACCAGUGGAGACAACUGGUAUCACAAUGACAAUUGGCUGCUGUACAAUGUUAGCGAGUGUGACUGGUUUUACCACAAAGGUGCCUUCUCAUUGACAGGGAGGGAAUACAAUUGGACUCCGUGCCUAACAGAUGCCAAUGCACCAACCCUCAGCAAUGGAACCAACUUGGAUCGUGUUGUUCAAUUCGUCAAGCUAGAUGCCAACAAUUUGCAGGGAGAGCUACCAGAUGAGCUAUAUUUGCUGACUGCCUUGCAAGGGAUCUUCUUGGCAGGGAAUCCCCUGAUCGGAGGCAGCCUCUCACCUCUUAUUGGCAACUUUGAGCACUUGAAAGCCCUUGACAUGGAUAGCACUGGCCUUCAAGGGUCAAUUCCUGUAGAGUUGGCUUCACUAUCGGGCCUCACUCAAGUGACGCUGCAGUUUAACCAAUUGCAGGGCCCACUCCAUUCAGAACUCUUUGCCCUCCCAGAGCUUCGAAUUCUUGGGCUCUCUCAGAACUUGAUAACAGGAACUAUUCCCACUGAGAUUAUCCUUGCCUCGGGACUGAUAUUUCUCCACAUGGACAAUCUUGGCUUGCAAGGUCCUAUCCCAUGUGGAGACAUUGAACACUUGACCAAUCUUCGGUUCUUGUCUCUCCAUACAAACCAUCUAGAAGGCCAAGUUUGCAGUGAAAUGGGCUUGCUUACUUCUCUGGCUGGUUUGCAGCUUGGUGAUCCAGGGCUGACGGGCUGGGUUCCUACUGAGCUUGGUUUGCUCUCCUCCUUAGAAAGGCUGGACAUUGUGAAUACACAAAUUUCUGGGCCACUACCAUCUGAACUGGGAGGGCUUCACUCUAUCAAAGAAUUGCUUUUGCAAAACAAUGCUUUCCAAGGCCCCUUCCCAUCAGAAUUAGGGCUUCUUACAACCAUGGUCUAUGGAUCCAUGAAUGGCAACCAAAUGUCAGGAACGCUUCCAAAUGAGAUUGGUGGGCUCUCUGCAGCAACAACCCUGUACCUGUGGGGAAACCAAUUUACUGGUACAGUCCCUACAACAAUCGGAAACAUGGUUAACAUGAAUGAUUUACAGCUUGCACGGAAUUUGUUGUCCGGAGAGCUACCAACUGAAAUUGGCAAUUUGAAUUCCACAUUGCAGAGGCUUUACAUCUUUGACAACCAAUUUUCAGGUGCCCUGCCGACAGAUUUUGGAAGGCUAUCACUAUUGCAAGACCUGCAAGUGAACAAGAAUACCAUGAUGUCUCAGCCCCUGCCAUCAGAAUUGGGACUGAUGAUUUCUCUUAAGUGCUUCUGGGCUGAUUAUAACAGCUUUUCUGGAACCAUCCCUUCGGAGCUAGGGAAACUCGCCCUCAUGGAGGUGAUGUAUUUGUCAGGAAACCAGUUUGCACGGAUGCCAAGUGAACUGGGGCUCAUGGGAUCCUUAAGAGUACUCUGGCUGCAACAAAACAACUUUGUAGGCUCCAUCCAUUCAGAGCUUGGAUUGCUCCCUGUGCAGGACCUCAGACUGGAAGAAAACCAGUUGACAGGAAGAUUACCAACACAAUUGGGGCUGAUGACUUCAUUGAAACGUUUCUCGACAGAAAGAAACCAAAUCACUGGUCAGAUCCCUUCCGAGCUUGGAUUGAUUCCUCUUGCAAACUUGAGGUUGUCCAGCAACCGGAUGACGGGCAGCCUCCCAAGCGAAUUGGGACUUCUAGAUGACAGUACACAAAUCAGGAUUUUUGGAAACAACUUCACUGGCGUACUGCCUGCUGAGCUCUGCUCCAAAUCUUGUCAAGGUUUGACCUUCCCUUUUGAAAAAGUCCAGUAUUUCCUUGAACGUGAUGCAGGUGUGAACACUGAUGCUUGCACCUGCACUUUUGGGAGUGGAUUCCCAUCUCCUCAAGCAACUCAUGAAGUUGUGAUUAAUGUUCAAUACGAUGACUCCCCUGACAAGGAGACAUUGUGGGCAUGGGAGCGAUGGGUAGCAGCCAAUGAAACCCAUGAUGGUACUUGGGUUGAAUCUGCUAUUUCUCUAAGCACUGUUGCAGAGAAAGGCAGAUGGGUCAGUUACCCUCAACGCUCUUUGCUUCCAGAAACCCUGUAUCGAUUCUUUGUCACCGACGUGUCUGAAGAUGGUUUCUCCACCGGCAGUCAAAGUUCUGUAUCAAUCACAAAUGGAACGGUUCCUGGGCCAGGCUUCAAAGGCACCAUAUUGUGGGAACUUUCACCUGAUAUGGAUACAAGGAUGCCUGGAGCCUUUGUGUGGGUUGAUGCCUUGGGCUUGACUUCCAUUGUGAAUCCGUAAACGUCCAAUGAACCCACCCAAAGUACCGUACGGAUAUGAGUACAUUCAAUAGCCCGAUUUCGACGUGGACCGAUGCUCCUUCCCCCGAGUACUGACUUCUUAUAGUCUAUACUAGUGGAAACAUUCGUGCAAAUAAACAAUAUGCAAGCCCAGGUUUAAUGAUGCUUGCUUGAUAUGGUAGGUGUAUAAUUAGUUCAGAUUCCCCAUCCCGGCGUGUGCUGCUUGAGCGCUACGAGUUCCCAGCGCCCAUCGUAGGG